UUAUUUGCUCCUGUGAAAAUGGCGUCGUGUUUUUUUGUGAUACAGAAAAGAAUAACAUUAAUUUAUUUGUGGGAAGAAACCAUUUGUUUACUAGAAGAUAGCUCUUCUGGUCCAUGCUUUGUUUAAGUGAGCAAGGAUGCAACAAGAAUUUAUUAGAGACAAGCAAGCAAAGAAAAAGAAAGUGAAAACUUGGAGUGAAGCAGCAAAACUUGUUUUAGAGAUGCAUCCUAAGACACCUAUGAAUCACACUGAUAUACUGGAUGAAAUCCAAGCUACUGGAGUCAAGGAUGUAAGUGGUUCAGGAUCAUUGGUUUGCUUGAGUGCAGCUUUGAGAGCACAGUCUCGAGGUCCUAGUGCUGUGUUCUACAGAGUGUCUGGUGCAAAUAGUGUUUUUGGUCUGAAGAGUGAGAUACCUGAAGGAGCUUUAGUUAUUGAUGUUGAAGAAGACUUGACAGAAGAGAUAGAUGUUGAGGAGGCUAGUAGUAACAAAACAAAAUCUAUCUGUAAUCAGAAAGUUCUCUGUGUUCAACUACCUCCUAGUUACAAUAAGCCUUCCAACUCACGUCCAUCAUCCAAAUUAGUAGACACUGGUGCAACUAUUAGUGAAGUACAAAACAAAAGAGACUUGAAGAGUGGUGGGGACAUGCUUUCUAAUUUGGAUUACUCAUUCAGUAAAAGCCUAACUAAAAAUGAAAGGACUACAAGUUUAAGUGAAAAAACUAAAGUUUUUAAUGGAAAUUUUGAAGAUUAUCCAAAAACACAAAAGAGAAAAUUAUCAAGUGAUGAAGAAGCCAACUCUAUGGCAGACUUGGGUUUGAAUAAGAGUGUUCAUUCUCCUUUAUCAUCACCUGUUGGAAGUCCAUCUCCAGGAAAGAUUUCUCAAAGUCACAGUCAACGAGCUAUCAAACAUGCUUUACGGCAGCAACAAAAGAGAAGAAAAAGAAACACUGCAAUUGCUGCCAGUAGUAACUCUACACCACCAAUUCCACGAAUUAUUAUGAAACCCCUUCCUCCUCCACCAAAGUCUUCAGCAAGAAUUAUGAGCACAAACAGUUUGGAAGACAAUCAGGACAAGGAUGAAGACAGUAUGUCAGACAGUGAGAAAAAAGAUCUGUCAUCUACAUACAGUAAGCCACAAACAAUGAGAGAACUCUUAGCUUCAAUCCCUGGGUUAAGUUUGAAGCCAAGAAAACGCUCCAACAAGAAACUAAGUACAGCUGCCCAAAUUGCUCAAACCAAGAAAGGGUGCAUAGAUGUGGAAACUCCAGAUUCAAUACUAGUUAACAUCAAUUUGAAAGCAUUAAUUAACAAACAUACUUUUGCAAGCCUACCUUCACUUUACCAGUAUCGUUUGGUCCAACUUCUACCUUCAGUAGACCGAGUAAUUGGUCCAGAUUACUCAGUUAGGUUGAGUGCAUCUGCUCUUAGCAAUGAGUUCUUUGCCAGAGCUUGUCAGGACUGGCAAAAAAGACUUGCAGAAGGAGAGUUCACUCCUGAAAAUCAGCAGAAAAUGAAAGCUGAGGUAGAGAAAGAAAAGGGAAAGCUAGAUCCUUGGAAGUUGAAGUAUUUUGAGCCUGUAUGGGGGAAAAAAAGUAUUGUUGACAUUAGUGACCAAGGAAAAACUUCUUCUUUUCGGAUGGGAACUUCUUCACUAAAGUCAUCUCUGAACACCCCAACUAAACAUGUUCCUACAAUUAAAAUCAAACCAGUAGUGAAGAAGAACCGACUUGUGCCUGCCAUCUUAAAGCACCGACCACAAGGAACUAUCAUCUCCAGUGGUCUGGGAAACCCUCUUCAGAACAAAGUGACAUCUCCAAAGGAAGUGGCCAAUAUACCUUCACCUCUCAAAAGACCAUCAAAGGUGGUUGCUGACCCAGAAGCCUCCUUGAUCAAAAAACAGAAAACUAGUAUCCUUCCAAUUGCCCCAAAACCAUCAGUUGUUCCAGUUGUCACAGUUCCAUGUGAAGAAUCCUCUGCAUAUCAGUCUGUCUUCCUCACCACAUCUCCAUGUAGUCAGAAUACAGAACCAAAUUCUCAAUCUGUGCAUCAACAACAAGCUCCUGUAAUGAGCCUCUCUCACAGCCCCAGGUUCAACUUGGGAACUACUUCAGGGGAUAGUGCAACACCAUUAGUACCCCCCAUCACAAUUCGUUCCGUCCCCAUUGUCCGGCAUGCCAGUAGUACCCCUACAAGUAAGCAUAGUGCUGAACAUGGCCCUAUCAAUUUGGAACGAUCCUAUCAAAUCUGUCAAGCAGUUUUGGAGUCGAGUCGUAACCGAUCACAGUUCUUCAGCAGUGGUAACAGACAAAUUAAAGCUCGACCAGGACUGGCUCCAGUGAAGACCAGGUCACUUUCAUGCCCAGCAACUAUGACGUCCAUCACAUCUUCAUCCUCUGGGGUGAGCAGUGUUGCUGUUACCUCUCUGGUUAAUACUUCUUCACCAAGUACUCUGAUGGGAGGAGCCCCUCUGCUACAAACUGCUGUGCACCAUGUCUCAAAUAAAACAUCAUCCCAGAGUUCCUCACUUCUAACCACUUGCCUACCUUCAACUACUCAGGCUUAUGCAGUCAGCUUGUCUCCUUCUCCCAACAACUCUGCACCUUCCAGAACAACACAGACUUCUAGCACAGUGGUGACACCUACUGAAGCUGUUGUAAGUCUUCGCUCAGGAAGCAUUUCCCAAGCUGUGGACACAAUUAUACUAUCUUCUAGUGGUCAGGAGACUGUUCUUAGUCCUGCCAGUGGCACUGAAACUGUUGUGACAGUUCCCGUGGAUAUUGGAGGCCUGGAAGAACACAACUCUUUUGUUUUAGUAGAUGACCCAGCUGAUGCAAGUGCUGCUUCUUCAUCAGAACAAUUGAUUCUUUUAACCAAUGACAUUUCCUUAGCUGUUGAUUCAGCCAACAAUUCAAACUCAACCACAGUUGUUAUAGCAUCUGAAGAUGGUACCAUAGAAGGGUUACUAAAUGGAGAUUGUAAAGUAAGUGAUGCCAAAAAUUCUAGAGUUCUUCUGAUUAUUGGAGAUGUGGACUCCAACAGUGCAGCUCUGCUCUCUUCUAAUUUAGACUUUAUAAAUGAUUUAGGGACUUCUACAGAUAAAGAGGAAGUAAAUAAUGUAAACGAUGGGGGAAGCAUAGUUGUCACAGCAGCUAAUGGAGUGCAUAAUCAGCUUCCAUACCAUUGCAUUACAAGGGAUGAAAAAUUUCCAGAGGAGUACUUGAUUAUCACUGAUAAUGAGGAAGUUUCUGAUCAGGAUGUGUUGAACAGUGUACCUGGAGAAACAGAUCAUGAACAGGAGUUUGAGUUAAACUUUAGAGAGAGUGAUUUUAGUCAGCCUUCUGAUUGUCCAGUAGUAUGCCAACCUGUCCUUGUAGCAGGCAAUAUCAGUGAACUCAAAAAUUCAGAUUGUUUUGACAGAGGUGAGACCAAAAAGAGAAGCAUUUCUUGUAUUUCAGUGACACAAAGCACUGACAGUAUCCACAAUUUUUCAACAUCAGCAACAUCUAGUGAGACUGUAAGACCUUUCACGGCACCUCCAGUUUUAAACCAGGUGCCAGAAAAUAACGUCAUUAUGGUCGAAAGUCAGAGAGAGAACUCAUUAAAAAGGAGUUCUAGUUGUAAAGAACUUCAUGAACCAUCAAACACAAAAUAUUAUAAAACAACUAUCAGUAUUGAGAAGGAUGCUCAGACAACCAGUGUUUCUGCUUUACCAGAAACUUCUGCAUUUACUGGGAAUGUUGAAAAAUUGUUACCAAAACAGACAUCAAAUGUCUCACCCUCAACCAACAAGCCUAGUUCAUGCUCUGUUAUUUCUAGCAAUGGUAUUACACCAACUUUAUCCAUAUUGAAAGAUACUAAGAUAUCCACUAGUGUAGACUCUCAUGCUGUUGGUGUUGUUUCUGGAAAGACCAUUACUUCAAAGACUUGCCAUAAUUCUGGUGUGGUGGUUAGUGCUAAUCAUAUCCAAUCCAGCGGAAUGACCACGGGUGGUGUCCUGACUAACCACAUAAUCCUUAACAGCUUUCCUUAUCCGCAUUCAGCUAUAAGUUCCUCAGCAGCUUCUGGAAAGUCCAUUUUUACAUGUAGUACACCUCUUCCAGCACCUGGGAUUUUGGAUUCCCAGAACUUAGUUUCUUGUACACUUCCCCAGCCAGAGAGCAGAGGCUUGAUGACCAGUCAAAAUGUAUCUCUUGUUCCAGCUCUGACACAAAUGUCUGUAAUGUCUACAGGUGUAGUCCUACCUCAAGUCCCAAAAAAUGGUGUUACAGCACCAUCUGGAGGUCAGGAAGGAAGAAAUACAGGCCUGUCAUUAACUCCAGUAACCAUGACUACAGGCAUGGUUAUUGGAGGAGGAAUUCCAGGUAGUGGAGUGCCCCCUGGUGAUCCAAAUGGAGCAAGAGGAAACUGUGCUUGUAAUCUAAAAGCAAUGGUGAUGUGCCAGAAGUGUGGUGCCUUUUGCCAUGAUGACUGUAUUGGACCUUCUAGGUUGUGUGUUACAUGUCUCAUAAGGUGACCAAACUAAAAUGUUCUCAGUAUCCGACAAUCACCGAGGCAGUUCUCUGUGUUCACUGGUUUAGUUGUCAUUUCAACAAACAUGAAAAGUGAGAAAGCUGAUGUUGUAAGACUUGAAAAGAACAUCUAAAUAUAUUAUUUGUAAAAAAGUGAGAGCAGUCUGUUUUUGAGGAAAUGGACCAAACAUUAUUGAUCAAUGUAAUCAAACAAUUGUAAAAGUAACAACUAGCAUACAGUCUGAUUGUUUAAAAAGUUUAUUCUACAUCAGUAAAGGUCUUCUGAAUGUUAUGCAGUGUAUGUACAUAAAGAUAGUUUUAAUAAUAUAAAAAUGUAUGUUUCCAAAAUUAGAGAGAUCCUAAAACAAAGCAUCAAACGUAACUGGAAGUAAUCAAAAUAAGAUAACAAGUAGCAGUAAAUUGGUGAGACUUUAAUCCUUUUUAUUUUUUCAGUUGGGAAUAAUUUUGUUCUGAAAAUUUGUUCUCAAAGGAAAGAUUCAUCUUUAGAAGUGUAAUAACACAAGCUUUUUUUUUUUUAAACUAGUACUUAAUUGUGUAUUACCAGUUAUAUGAUGUAGUUUAAUGUGAUGUGUCUUAUAAACCCUGUUGGCUAAUUUGUUGAGUCUUGUAUUUCUGCUAAAUCCAUAGAAUGCAGCUAUUUCACUAUUUCAACAAGUAAUUACUUUUUACAUUUACAUUAAAAAGGUAACUGAGCUUGAAAUGCAUUUACUGAUAAAAGUUGUUAGAAAAUAUGAUGACUCAUCAACUACAAGAUUUUGGCAAGUUAUUUCAUUUUCAUAGCUGGUAGUGGCAGCAAAACACCAUUAAAAAGAAAACUAACAUAAUACAAAAGAAAAAAUACAGUGUGAGUAUUAUCAUGAAACAUUUUUAGGAACAUAUAGAAUGAUGGUAUUUAUUCUGUAGAAUUCAAAAUUGCAUUUCAUUGUGUGGGUGUUGAAAAUAUAGUAUCUUAUUUGGUUGUUGUUGUUGUAUGAAAUGUUUGGAAUUAAAUAAUGUCUUCUGUUUUUUAAGACUUAAGUUUCAUCAACAUUUCACCACACUUGCUCUUUUCGGGCCCAAAAUUUUUAUUAACAUUACAAAUAAUAGUUCCUUGCUUUUUCUUUUGUUGUUAUUGUUCUUUUUCUUCUUCAGAAACUCUUUUUGGUUGGAGUAAAAACAAAAGUAAAUACUGAAAACACUCAUUAUUAAAAUUCUCAGAUUGAAAUAUAUGUUUCUCUUGGCUUUUUGUUUUUUUCAAUUUUUCCAAUAUUCUAUGUCAUUUUUUACAAUAUGACAUCUUGGUUGAAAAAAUUAUUUUAAUCCCUAAAGAUGUGAAAAUUUACAUGCCACUUACAAAAAACAAAAGUUGGUAUUUUGUGUUUUUUAAGAUAAUAAUAUAGGAGUGCUUAAUACAGGUCAAAAUCAUCAAAUUUCAUAAUUGAUAGGCUACAAACCACAAAUUAAAAAAAA